CGUACACACACCUUGUAGUGUGAAUAGUGUCUAACGCUAUUUCGUGAUUAUUACUUAAAUUGUUUCAGUUGUUGAAGUUAAAUUCUUGAGGGGUAAUUAUCGAACCGCAAAGAAGACGUUUAAGACGGGACGGCAGGCUACAAUUGUGUAUCUUAUGUUUGGGUGACAGUGGAUCGAUAUUCUUCACAGGGUGGCCUCACCUCGGGUAGGGAGAAUAACAAAGAACGGAAUGCGGAUUUAAUCUUGAUAGCGUUUUGAUUUACUGCUCCGUUAAGACUGCAAUAAUACCUAGAGUUUUUAUUUAUGUCAGAUUGUGAAGCUAAUGCAGAUAAGUUAGUAUGUGUGACACGGAAUGUAGUGAGCGACACGUGGACAUCGUAAUCGUCGGGGCCGGACUGUCGGGACUGACGGCUGCUUACCACAUUCACAAAACAGACCCGGGCCUUAACAUAUGUCUACUUGAAGCAAAGGACAGGGUCGGUGGCAGAACGCUGACGUUACCGUUGAAGACUAAAAAUGGAACUACAGACGAUUUUGAUCUUGGUGGUCAUUGGGUCGGAAGACCACAGAAAGCCAUCAUGGAACUGUUGGACGAGCUCGGCCUGGAGACAUACCCACAGAGAACAGAAGGCACGUACCUUUUACAGAUCGGCGGGAACAAAAUAACAUCCUAUAGCUCUGACAUCCCCUCUCUACCAGUCCUCUCCCUGCUCGACCUCAAAGUCUUCACCGAUAAGAUUGAGAAAUUCCGGAAGACUGUAGAUCCCGCCCAUCCGUACCGAUGUCCAAAAGGCGAGGAGUGGGACAACACCAACCUCGAAACAUUCCUACAACAUAAUCUGUGGACGAAAGCGGCCAAAGAAUAUAUGCGGGUAACCAUUCGGAGUAUUUCGUCCAUGGAACCUUCCCAGCAGUCCGUGCUGUCUCUCAUGAUGUCGGUAGCGGGGUCUGGGGGUUUAGAACCGAUGCUCGAGACAACAGAGGACUCGGCGCAGGGGUUAAAGGUCAAGGGUGGAACUCAGCAGAUUUCGAAAAUACUUGCGGACAAAGUAGGUGUGGACAAAGUUCUACUGAACCAUCCGGUGGGGAAAAUUAGCCAGGAUGAAGAUAAAGUGAUCGUCUGGUGUCAAAAUGGUCUACAAGUAACAGGCCAGCGACUUAUCCUCGCCACUCCACCUCCAGCUGUAGAUAAAAUCACAUUUGAACCUUUACUUCCGGUUGAGCGAAAAGAAAUCAACAAGAGAUACGUGUUCGGAGAUUACAUCAAAAUCAUUGUGACGUAUGAGGAGGAUUUUUGGACCAGAAAGGGCUUUGUUGGCGAGAUAGAAACGAAUGGUGGACCGAGCACUGUACCCGGAUGUGAUAAUGGGCCUAUCACAGUUACACUGGACGCCACGUCUCAUACAGGGAGCCCCGCGCUCGUGGUGUUUAUAGCGGGAAUACAAGCCCGUCAAUGGGGGCAACAAACGGAAGAGGUCAGACGCACAGCCGUGUUACAGUCUCUGUCAACUUAUUAUGGAACAGAAGCAUUGGAGCCUCUCGAUUACUGCGAGAAAGAUUGGAGUAAAGAGGAGUUUAUCGGUGGCGCGCUGGCAUCGUUAGGGACAGGGGCCAUGAAAUAUUUUGAAGAAGGAAUAGGAGGAAAAUUUAUGCGAAUACACUUCGCCGGAACUGAGACAGCCCUUGAAUGGGACGGAAACAUGAGUGGAGCAGUUGAGGCAGGCAAACGGGCUGCCAAUGAGGUCUUAAAUAUAUUACAGUCUGGCAAAUGAAACGAUUUCGUGAAAGAUAUUAGGUUCUUCAAUAUGCACGUUGAUCAAAGAAAUCAUUUAAGUGUGCACUUUGAAAAAAAUGGAUUUUUCUCGGACUCUUUUGUUAAGUAGACUUUAAGAGACUAAAACAGAUCUUCUGGCCGGUUGCAAAACUGUGAUAAUUAGUUUAAUCAACCUUCUAGUUUUUCCCUCUCUGUCCUAUGUUUUUAUAUUUUAAUUCCAGACUGUGUCGACAUUUGUCGAUGGGUAGACUUUAGAACAGAGUGUAUUGACAGUUGUCGAUGGGUAGA